AUGGGGGAGGCAUACGACCCGACGCUCAGACUGCCGCGCAUCCUCUGCCUCCACGGCGGCGGCACCAACGCACGCAUCUUCCGGAUCCAGUGCCGCCAGAUCGCCGAGCACCUGCGCGCCGAGUACCGGCUCGUCUUCGUGGAGGCGCCCUUCCCCUCCGAGGCCGGCCCGGACGUCGUCCGCGUCUUCGCCGGCAGCGGGCCCUUCAAGCGCUGGCUACGCUUCGGCCCGUCCCACCCGGAGCUCGCCUCGCACCAGGCCGUCGCGCGCCUCGACCAGGCCGUCCAGGCGGCCGUGGCGGAGGACGACGAGCGCGGCGGCAGCGGCGAGUGGACGGCGCUGCUGGGAUUCAGCCAGGGCGCCAAGCUGUGCGCGAGCCUGCUGUACCGCCAGCAGAACCAGGCGGCGGAAGGUGGUGGUGGUGGUGGUGGUGGGCUACCGCAGUUUCGCUUUGGAGUCUUGAUUGCUGGUAGGGGACCGCUGGUGUCGCUGGAGCCGGCGAGGGCGGAGAAUGAGAGCCUACCGAGCGCGGCGGACUUGUCCUCGAUGAAGGAGAAGGAGCCACGUGGCGACCACGUCUUGACGAUACCCACGAUCCACAUGCACGGGCUAAAAGAUCCCGGGUUGGAGGAGCAUAGGAGGCUGUGUAAUGAGUACUGUCAUCCCGGUACGAGGUCGCUCAUCGUUUGGGAUGCUGGGCAUCGUUUGCCGGUGCGGACUGACGACGUCAUACCACUUGUGGAAGCAAUACGAAGACUCGCGAGAGAGACGGCGGCCACAAAUCAAAAGGUCACUUUCCAAGCAAUUUAUUAG